AUGUUUCUCCAGCCAGCAGACUCGGCACAGACCAAUCUCCGCACAGGAAAGAACACCACAGCCGACAAACCCACCGUUACCAAGAAAUCAAGCUCAGUCAAGUGGCAAAGGGAAGAAAGACACAGCGUUCCAGAGGAAGACAGCCAAGUAUACCAUGUCAGUGGCAGGAAGACCCAAAAGACAGGUGCAUUGCUCCUCACAGGAACCACAACAGUACAAGGGCCAAGGAGUGCCAAACAAGUCCGCAUAUUAAUGGACACGGGGAGCGAGCUUUCAUUUAUCGAUUCGACACUCGUCGAUGAACUGGAAUUGCCUAUCAAGGGAAAAACCACACUGAGACUAAAGACAUUUGGUACGGAAUCAGCCAAAGAGACCCAACAUCGCAUCGUACUGGUAAACCUGCUGGAUAAACAAGGACAAACGCACACAUGUGAACUGCUCGACAGCCCAAUGAUUGUUACUACAAGAAAUUGUCAUCAGUUCACUCAAGAGGACUUGACAUUUAUCAACCAACGAGGUCUUUCUCUGUCAUCAUCACCAGAAGACCAAAGUCAAACACAAAUCUUACUCGGAUGCGACCACUUAUGGGAGAUGAUGGAAGGCAAAGAAUGCAAACUACCAUCUGGAAUGCACGUGAUCGACACUAAGUUCGGACAUAUGCUCUCAGGACGUCAAACUACUCAAAAACCAGCGGAGAACUUUGAAGUGCAACAGGAAUUGAUUCAAAAAAUGAUUCAGUACGAGAAAAACUAA